AUGGAACAAAAUCUCAAGCUUGAUAAAGGAGAUGAACAAGGGAAGGUUGAUGCAAAUCAGUACAAAAGAUUAGUAGGGAGACUUCUCUACUUACAAGCCACAAGACCGGACAUAGCUUAUUUAGUUAAUGUCAUAAGCCAAUUUAUUGUUGAUCCUAGACAAAACCAUAUGGAUGUUGUCUCCAGAGUGCUUCACUAUCUCAAGUCCACACCUAGGCAAGGUAUCAUAUUGCCAAAGGAUGGAGGAACCAAUUUGGUUACAUAUUGUGAUUCGGAUUGGCUUGGGUGUCCUUACUCUCAGCGUUCAAGAACAGGCUACUUGCUUCUUCUAGGAGGAGCUCCAAUAUCAUGGAAGUCCAAGAAACAAUCUGUGGUCUCUCGUUCUUCGGCUGAGGCAGAAUACAAUGCCAUGGAAACAACCGUAAGUGAAAUUUUGUGGGUUCUUUGGUUACUCUGUGAGCUCGAUGCACAGCCUAUUGGUCCGACUCCCCUCUUUUGUGACAAUCAAGCGGCCAGGCAUAUUGCUAACAAUCCAGUGUUCCAUGAACAGACCAAGCAUGUUGAAAUGGACUGUCAUUUUGUUCGUGAGCGAGUUGAAACUAAGGAAGUUAAACCUUUAUACAUCGACACCAAGCAUCAAAUCGCAGACCUGUUUACCAAGCCUUUAGGUGCUCAGCAACUUCAAUCUCUUCUGGUCAAGUUGGUUUCUAUAAACCUACACACUCCAACUUGA